AUGGGUCAAUUCAAGCGCCAUGCACAAUCACAACCAAAGCACGGAAAACCGUUAUCCAGCGGUGCAUCCAAGGCACCAAUCCCACCACCAGUCAACCGUCCAGGAUGGAGUGGACCAACAUAUCUACACAAAAACCCCAAAAGGAAGCCUGCAGCAGUGAAGGAAAAGACCCAAAUACCGCAAAUCCAGAGUCUAUCUAUUGAACAUCAACAACUCAUUCUCGACACGAUCAGAACUUCAUUUCCUGCAGUGGAUGAUUUCAGUACGUUGACACCAGUGCUACGUGAGGUCAGGGAAGCCCUUGAGCAGAAGGACUACAGCAAGGCUUUCGGAAGUGAGGAGUUCAAGGAGGCUUAUACGAUUCGUUGGAGUCCAAGUAGAGCUCUUACUGCUGCGAAUGUGCUGGCUUGGAUUUGCAGUGAGAUGAGCGAGGCUGCGUGGGUUCAACAGUUCCUUCUGGGUGAAGAGCCAUCCAAGAUCGCCUGUAUUGGGCGAGGAGGAUCUGACUUGUUAGCAUGCGUGACAUUGCUGAAGCACUCACACCAAGGCAAACUCGAUGAGAUCCGUCAGUCAGAAUCAGCUUCUUCCGACGCUGAUGACAAGGCCAAUGCUCUGUUUGAUCUCAGCCUAAUCGAUAACCACGAUUGGUCAACCAUUAUCACAAAACUACAAAAUACUCUCACAGCUCCUCCACCUCUUUCUAAAUACGCAACCGAAAAGGCCAAGGCUGCAAAUGUCUCUGCUAUCCCACCCCAAGUCUUGAAUCCAACACUCAGCCAGCUCAACAUUCUCGAAAGCGAAAACACAACUCUGCAAGGGCCCAAUCCGACAUUGAUCACCCUCUUCUUUACACUCCACGAAUUCUACUCGAUCUCAAUAUCCAAGACCACAGCAUUCUUAAAGAGACUGACUUCAGAAGCUCCUAAGGGGAGUCUAUUGCUUAUUGUAGAUGGCCCUGGAGCCGAGGUCGCACUACCAAGCAAAGGGGAAGGGGAAGAGAAGAGAUAUCCACUCGAGUGGCUACUUUACCAAGCUCUGCUACCACCCAAGAGCAAGGAUUCAGAGGAGGAGGUACAGCCAGCUUGGAAGAAACUUAUUGAAGAUGGCCAUGAAAAGGAGUAUAAGUUGCCUGCGGGAUUAAGAUAUCCAGGAAGCUUAGAGAAUACCCGAUUCCAGGUGCAUCUACUGGAGCGUCUAUGA